AUGAAAACCGUAAACUCUUCAAAAUCUCAACGAGUCCUUGAGUUUGUUCCGUCAAUUAGACCAUCGUUCCUUUCGGUGGUAUUAGUUUUAGUUUGCGGAUGUCUGUGGGUGAAAAAUGAAGCAACAAACGAACGACUGAUUUCACUGGAAUCUCGUGUUUACUGUGUUCCUUGCACUAAGCGUGGCACGAUUGAUAAUCUUGACAGGAUGACUUUCUCACCGACAAAAGAUAUCGCAAUAGACCUUUCCAAGAAGAUGCAGACACAAGUUUCAGAUGAUGGGAACGGCUAUACCUCAGGUAAAAGGCCUUGUGUGCAUUGAGGAUGUUUAGACCUGUUUUUAUCCUCCCUCGGUUAAGACAUAACCUUUCAUGACGUGAGUUCGCGUUAACAACACGGGAUCUUUUGCAAAUCCAAAAUAGUAUCAGAUUUUAACUUAGACUGUAUGAAACUGCUUUGUAAUGCUCCCUAGAUGUCAUUAAUUAUGCCACUGCCACUGAUAAAAAACCGAUGAGAUCUACAGCGUAAAUGAAGUUGAAUUUAUAAAUAAUGUGUCUACGAGGGCCGAACAAGAUUCCUUCACGCUUCAGACACAUGUCGAUAUCAUAUUACUAUACAGCUACAGUAGCUUCAUGCAUGUGCCUCUGGUUUGAGGUUAUUUGGGGUCUCGGAAUUGAAAGGUAUUGCGUGACCAAUUUCAAGCAAUAAUGACCCAAUUUUUGGCAAUUCAUUUUUAGAUUUAUCUGUUUGCUUUAGAUUGAGCUAUUCUCGUUUCGUACUUUCUGGAAAAAUGUUCGAAUAGUAUAGACAUUAUAGAUCAGUAUAGACAAAAGGCGCGUUUUAAGAGAUUAUUCAGUAAAUGAUAUUUCCGUUUCUUUCAAAGGAGUUCAGUCUAAUUUGAAAAACCUUGCUUAACCCUUAUGGGAUUCAAGGGCGAUUGAAAGUAGGUGUGUCCCUUAUGGGAUUACAAGAGCGAUUGAAAGUAGGUGUGUUUAAGACCUCAGUUGGCUUAAUAUUCGUGCGAAGGUCUUAAGGUUCGAUUCUUGUUCCUUUAUAAGUUACCUUUAUCAGAAAUUUUAGCCGUAUCAUUCUUUCGUUCCUUCUUGAUCUUGUUCAUUUUUACAAUUUAUCACUGGACAGUGGAACCCAACGAGAACAUAGUUCAAAACCUCUUAAACAUACAAUUGUUGAACGUAUAUUAGUAUUUAAACGGUAGAUCUAGGCAUAUCUUAAUCCCCUAAAAAUUUUUCAUCUGUUCGAGUUUCCUAGCAGAAAGUCUAGUGAUUUAUAGGGAUCAAACUUACCUUUUCGAAAAUUUCAGCCAGAAAAAAGGCUCCCGAAAAUUUUGGGUGACCUUUUUAGAGUAAAAAUCCGUUAAAAAUGGGCAAUUAUACCAUUUUUUAGAUGUUGGAGAAUCCUAGGAUAGGUAGGCAAGUAAGAAAUUUUACAACAAAUGUUCCGAAAAUUCUAGAUCUCAAAUCGUCUUCCGAACAGAUAUUUUCCGAAAAUUGACGUUGGGUGCCCCUGAUUGGAUAAUUCACGGGUAUUAUCUAAUUUUACUUGACUGCAGUCAGCCCGUUGCCAAUAAAGGCAUCAGCAACCAUCCGGUUAAGAAAGCGAAGAAACGUUUCGAACGACACUUUAAUUGGCAUCACCAUACAUGAAGUGAGAAAAGAAAUCAGCAGACAGUUUGAACAACUUAUGCCCACCAAGUACGGUAAGUCAAGUGAGAAGGUAUGUCCUGCAGGUCCCCCCGGAUAUCCUGGUCCCACUGGAGCGAGGGGACCACGUGGCAGGAGGGGACCAAAGGGAAAGAAAGGUCCUCAAGGUCCCAUGGGACCUCCUGGAAAAUCCGGAAAAACAGGAAUAACUGGUCCUGCAGGACCAAGAGGAGAAAAGGGAGAUAGAGGAGAUCCUGGGCCAAAAGGUGUUUCGGGACCACCUGGAAAGCCUGGAAAAUCGAUAUCUGCCCCACAAGUGAUGUUGUCGCCAGCAGAGCAGACACGAGAUGAGGGAGGAGACACGGCAUUUUAUUGCACGGUCGCAGGAAGUCCUUCCCCAGUCGUGGAAUGGCAAUUUAAGGGCAGAAAGCUUCUGUCAGGUGCAAAGUAUUUGAUUAAAGAAGAAGAGUUGAUCGUUAGAAAUUUGAAUUACAGCGAUGCUGGACCGUACACAUGUGCAGCCAGGAACAUUCUUGGAUCGUCCAAGGCCAUUAGUAACUUGACUGUUAGAGGUAAGCGGAACACUGUAUUUUUGUUAUAUCUGGCUGCUUGAUUAUGUAGGUCUGUUUGUGCUCUGUUGUUUAAUCGUGUACUUUUAUCUCCUCCUUCUUUUCAAUUCAUCCAUUUUUCGUAUUUCGUAGCCACUAGUCACGUUUGAAGUUCAACGUUUAACCUGAGCCAUGCAAACGUAAAGAUAUUUUAAGAUAACAGAUGACAAUCUUCACCAUGUACAGCUGUACGCAAAGGCACACAACACGAUCCUUCCAUCACUGUUCCAUUUCUUCAUUCAAAUUUGUCUUUUUCUUGAUCGUUAAUUGAACUACCUCAAUGCAUGACCUUCCUACAUGAUGAAUUCUGAGUUUGUUUCAAGGUGUUUGUUUUAAUUAGUCUUGACCUUCAAUAUCCUACACAACUGGUACAGACCUCACCUAUCUUUCUGAAUUAAUACAUUUCUUUUGCUCUCUUUUCGGCUAUGUAGUUAAACAUUGCUUAUAACAACGUUUAUCAGUAACGCUUUUAGCGAAAUGUGGAUUUAAGAGCAUGGAGCUUGAAAGGGUUCCCAGAAAAGAAAGGAAUAUAAGCUGUUUAAUUUAUUGUGCAUCCUGUUUAUUUUUCGGCUCUAUUUAAGGUCUUCCAAUCUUCACAAAAGUUCCACCCUCAAUUGCCACACCAGUACAAGGUUCUACGUUUCAAGUAACUUGUCAAGCUGAGGGAUAUCCUCGCCCCGAAAUAAACUGGACUAGAGCAGCAAUGCCUUUACAUGCUGGAAGGACAAGUAUAAACCAAGGCACAUUUACCAUUAACAACUUGAGUCCUGAUGACAGCGGUUUUUAUGAAUGCGUGGCUACUAAUAUUAUGGGAACAAAGAAAACAAGAAUCAACGUGGCAGUGCAAGUGCGUCGCUUAAUAGGUUUGUAUUGCAGGCACCGCAGAUAUCUAAUUCAGUCAAAG